AUGGAAACGACGAUUAAACAAAGUAAUAAAGUCGAGAAGUCGGUGGAUACUCCCAAGAAACCAGAAAAACGUCCCGAUCCAGUCAAAAGAAAGUCUCCAAAAGUUGAAGUGAGUUGAAAUUCCCUUUUCCCAUUAUUUUAUAAUGACCAAAGUAUCUCAAGAAUAGUAUUUAGGAAUUCUGUCACUACCAUGAAGGAAAACUAAUUAAAAUACUUUAUUGCCUUCGAUUCCCCAAAUCCUUUUCAGAUGACCGUAACCGGAGAAGAUGAAGAAAAAUGGGUGGCUUUGAUUACGCCCAGAGGAAGGGUCGGAAAUCAGGUAAUUUCCGGCUUUUAAUUAAACAGACAUUUUUUGCAAACUAAAGGUUGCAGCUGUUUUACCUCAUUAAUGGCUUUUCGAUCGGGAAGACGCUUGGAAGGAAGCAUUUCGUGCACAGCGAGAACAUGGCACGUGCUUUGAGAGUUUCGAAGCAAGUGACGGAUAUUUUCCCCAAAAUGGAGGAAACCUUCACAAUUAUGGUGAUACGAACACGAAGAACAAUUUUCGGUGAAUUGAAUUUGUUUAGGAUGGCGAAGGAGAAAAAAAACGCAAAUUUGCCUUGGAUUCUCGUGGAAUUUCUUCCUGUUGCACAUACGAAGACCCGAUGCCGUGAGAACUGAAAAAGAAGAACGUUUUGAAAAAAAAAACAUAUUCAGGCUCAAAAAUCAUACAGCUACAAAACUUUACUUGCUUUCAAGAUGGACACAGUCGUACAAAUACUUCCUACCUUAUUUGGAAGAAAUCAAAAAAAUUCUGGAAUUUUCACCAAAAGUCGUGAAAGAAGGAAAUGGCGUUAUCAAAGAUUGGGGAAUGUGGGUUUUUUUCUAUUUGUUUUAGUAUCGUAGUAAUCCUUAUUCGAGACAAUAACUUUCCAGAAAGAUCUUCCACUUGUAGUUUUAUAUAACAGCUUUUACAAGAAAGUUCCUUUGACUACAGAAUCUCCAGGAGAGUUGUGUAGCUUUGUAGCUAUCAAUAAAGGUCUUCCGUAUUAAUGACAUGUGUAAUCUUUUUUUAAGAAGAAAUUAAAUUGCAAAAAAACGCCACUCACACUGAAUCAAACCCUCUGACGAAGGAGAUGUAACCUAAAGAUUUGUUUUUUUUUUGAGUUUGAGCAUAUUAGAACUAUGAAGACCAUUCAUCGGACUUUCAAAAUGUACCUAAGGAAACUGUCGGAAGACCCGAGCCACGCAGGAAAAGGAUUUUGGAUGUUUGUGUUUUACACUGUCAUCCCACUCGUUCUUUUCAUUUUUAAAAAACUCAUCAGCAUUUACAGCAAAGCUAAGGGUAACAACCUCUGUGUUCACACCCGCAGAGGAGAUUUCACGGAAGGCAAGUACAAGAAAGGAGCCAUCGCUACGAAUGCAACUUUUGCCACCAGGGCUCUCAAAUUUUUGAACAACAAAUUUGUCAGUUCACCCUUCACAUUCUCUCGAUUUUUUCAUUUCAGAAGCCAGAUAAUAUAAUAAUGUUCGGAGACUCAUUCAAGUUCAUGAAGUCAAUCUAUAAAAAUAAAGUUUCACAUCACGGGUUAGAAAAGGUAAUAAAAAAAUUUCAGAGGUAAAAAACUUGUGUGUUUUACAGAACUUCUUCAUUUCUACGAGUUCAGAAGGUGGAGAUUUAUAUUUGAGUUCUAAGAGCUGUAAUAUAUUUUUAACUACGUCUUCAACUUCAACAUUUGGAUGGUGGUUAGCCUGGUUUUCCAAAAAUCAGUCAAAUGUUUUCUACAACAACUACUACAGACCUGAUAGGCCUCGAGCCACUUACAAGGAUUUCUUUCCGUGAGUAGAGCUAUUUUUUGAAACCGUUGUUUAUUUUUUCAAUUGCAGAACAUCCUGGCAGCCUCUGAAAACAUUUGAAAACGAUACGGUAACAAUCGUCGAUCGCCUGAAGGACGAAAUAUAA